AUGCAUUUUUGCUUUGCUGAUUUGUUUACUGGACAGGGUGAGGUGCUGUUUGUACGGGGGUGCCGGAGUCUUUGUUUGGGAGAGGAUUGGACAUGUCGGCUUUUGAGUGCGUUGGAAGGGGGAGUCCAAGGGAAGGAAUGGAGGCCACAGUGGGAUAUGGGUGCCUCUGCGUAUCCGUUUGUAGGGCUGAGCAUGUGA